AUGCAGAUAUUGAAAUCCACGCUGGCUGGCUCUGACCCCUUGGCCAUCCUGUGGGUGCCCUGUGAUGGCUCUCAAGGUGAUCUGUUCCAGAACCUUGCCGGGCACCGAGGUCCCCGUCCCCGUCCCCGUCCCCGUCCCCGUCCCCGUCCCCGUCCCUGUCCCUGUCCCUGUCCCUGUCCCUGUCCCCGGCCGUCCCGCCGCGGUCUCGCCCCCGCCCGGCUCUGGCCGUGCUGGCGCUGGCGCUGCUGGGCGGGCAUCAGUGCCUGGGGCUGGGGCGGCAUCGCCGCCCUUUGGCUCCGCCUGGCCCGAGCCCGGCCCCGGCCCCGACGUGGGCUCCAGUCCCGGCCCCGGCCCCGGCUCCCCCCGGGCCCCGCGGAGGACACAGGCGGCGCGGCCGCUGCCGCCGCCUCCGCUGCGGCUUCCCCGGCCCGAGCUCCGCCGCUCGGCAGCGCGGCCGCCGGCCCCGAGCCGCCGCUGUCCCGUUGCCAGCAGAGAACGCCUGGGGAUGGCCGGCCCGGGGCGCUCGGGGGGCGCUCGGGGGCCGCUCCUGGCCCCGGGCCGAGCGCUGACAGCCGCGUCCCGCCCGCAGGGAAGGCGCAGGAGGCCCUGCAGGAGCGCUACCGGCUGGGUUCGCUGCUGGGCAGCGGCGGCUUCGGCAGCGUCUUCGCGGCCACGCGGCUCUCGGACGGCGCCCCGGUGGCCAUCAAAAGGGUGCCGCGGGAUCGCAUCCGGCACUGGGGCGAGCUGCCCGACGGCACCAGCGCACCCCUGGAGAUCGUGCUGCUGGCCAAGGUGUCCACUGGCUUUCCUGGUGUCGUCCAGCUGCUGGAGUGGCUCGAGCUCCCCAACGACAUCGUGAUGGUGCUGGAGCGCCCAGAGCGGUCUCAGGACCUGCACCAUUUCAUUCGGGCACGGGGGUUCCUGUCCGAGGAGGAGGCGCGGGGGCUGUUCCGCCAGGUGCUGGAGGCCGUGCGGCACUGCACCAGCUGCGGGGUCCUGCACAGGGACAUCAAACCAGAGAAUAUCCUGCUCGACCUGGCCACCGGGCAGGCCAAAUUGAUCGACUUUGGCUGUGGCACCUACCUGCAGGACGCAGCCUACACUCACUUUGCAGGAACACGGUCAUACAGCCCCCCGGAAUGGACCCACGCUGGCUGGUACUACGGCAAGCCAGCUACCAUCUGGUCCCUGGGCAUCCUGCUGCACCAGAUGGUCUGCGGGGAGCACCCUUUCAGGAGGGGCCGGAACAUCAGCUGGGACCAUCAGCUCUCGCUGCCACAACGGCUCUCUCCAGAGUGCCAAGAUCUGAUCAGGCGGUGUUUAUCCAUGCUGCACUUGGACAGGCCCUCAUUAGAAGAGCUGUUCUGUGAUCCCUGGAUACAGGAUAUUCACCUGCCCUAGAAGAAGGGAGAGAGCCACAGGCACACUCUGAUGCAGGGCCCUGCUGGGGCCCUGGGCAGAACCCUGACAGCCUGGUCUGGCCCCAGGGAAGGAGAAGGAGGCCCUGGAGAAGCUGUACCAGGUGGGGCUGCUGCUGCUGGAGACACCAAGGACAACCUCAAGGACGACAAUCUCUUCCUCGGCCUGGCCACCGGCAGCUGAAGAUGAUGGACUUGGAUUCUGGCACCUUCUUCAAAGGCAGGCUCCACAGGGAAUCUGCAGAUGAGUCCACACGCAGGGGGAUGCUCCCAGAUUUGGGCAUUGCUCAGCCUGGCUGGGAGCCAAAGGUUCCCCCUUUGCUGGGGCGGAUGCAGCUGAUCCUUCAGUCGGCUGCCAGGCUGCUUUUGGCAGGGCUGGGGGCAUGGGCUGGGGUGGGUACGAAAUGGGAGUGGGCUCCUGGCCCUGCCAACAGCCCCCAGCACCCACCGUGCCCCGGGCUGGGGCUGGGGCUGGGGCAGCCAGCCCGACACAAACCAACCCCCAUGGUGGGAGCAGAGGUGGGACUCGAGAACCUGUGCAGGGGCUGCUUUGCUUUGCAGGCAAGGAAGGGCUUGGGCUGCUCCACUGCCCCUGUUUGCUUUGGGAUCAUUGUUAUUUUGGGGGGCAGUGCAGGGGGGAAGGGAGAAAGCCUGGGCUUCCCUCACCUGUGGAGGAAGCGUUCCAGGUGGGGUCCAGUCUGGAUGGGGAAGUGCUUGGGAGCAGCUGCGGCGUGGAUGGGCCGUGCCCUUGGAGAAGGCUGAGGACAUCGUUUGGGACCAGCUUUUCUUCCAGCGGUGGAUGGCGUCAGGUGGGUCCCGUCUGCUUGGCAUGGUGGGAUCAGAGCUUUGGGGAGAUGGCAGCGAGCACAGGAGCAUCCUGCUCCGGGCAGCUGCUGAGGGCUGGAUGUGCCGUGGCUGGCUGCAGGCUGGGCACAUGUCCUGCCCUCCUGCUCUGCUGCCAAAGGCAGCAGUGAUGGGCAGCUCUGGGCACCGCUCUGGGCACGGCCAGCAUGGCCUGGGCACCGCGGGCGGCUGGGACAAGGGGACAGGAGCCUUCAGCUGACGGGCGCUUUCUGCUUUCUCUCCUUGCAGCCGGGCUCUGCGGGUGCUGAGGCUGCUCUGGGCUCUGCCAGGGCUCUGCUGGAGCUCAGCACCGGGCCAGAAUCAGCCAAAGAAGAAAUGGUGUGACCUGCAGCACAACCUUGCUUGAGCAUUUCAGCAACACAGCUCAAGUUUGCAGAGUGUACACCUCCCAGGGAAAACACGACACCACCCAAAAAAUAAACUUGUUCAAAAACUUCUGAAAUUAAAUCAAUCUGGGAUGACCCCAAAUGACAUUUUGCAGCUUGCUCAAGCUGUAGCUCAGCCCUUCUCUGAACUGUUCUCUCCCCCACCUGCCUUUUACUUCCCAACUGCUCCCUCUUUUCCCCCAGUGAGUUCCCAGCCCAUGGCAGUCUCCAUCACACUGCUGCCUUCCUUGGUGCCCCUCACCACGAGGAAGGCUGAACCCCAGGCUUAGGGACUCAUCCUGGCACUGGCUGAGGAGCAGCAAUGUCUCAGAGGUCCAGUGGGAUUUUAGUGUCCUUCAGAGCUGCUCUCCAGCCCUCAGCUCUCCUCACUGCUGAGCUCCCACUCCCUUUUCCU